UGUAAAUUGGGCAAUUGCCAAUUGGCCUAUACUUUCUAUAGAGUUAUCUUGAAAUUUUCUUAACAAAGGAGCCCACGUGUGUUCAUUCUGUGACGCAACUAAUUCCGGAAAUAAUGCGCUUAAAAAUCACAUAAAAUUCACGAGAACGCAUAAAUCACUUACAUAAGCACUAGGUAGUUAUUAACCAAAACAUUUAAUGUUUUAUAAAUUGGGUGUUUUCGAUUUUUAAAAGAAAAAGCUAAAAUUAUUUUGAUCAGUUAACAUGAGAGUUGCUAUAAUCGGUGCAGGUCCCUGUGGACUGACAUCUAUAAAAAGCUGUCUUGAUGAAGGCUUGGAGCCUGUGUGUUUUGAAAAAGGAACAGACUUAGGUGGUCUGUGGAGGUAUACAACAACGGAAACAGGUCAUGCAAGUGUGUACAAUGCCUGUGUCAUGGUCACAAGUAAAGAAAUGUCCUGCUUCAGGUAAUUAUAUCAGUCCAAGGUAAUUAUAUCUGUCCAAGGCAAAAGCACAUUUAACUUGUAUGAGUGACUAACACUAUAUAUAGUAACAGAAAAGUAGGGCUUCUAGGUUGACCGCGAAAAAGCACCUAUAUCCGAUACGACUGUGUGAACGUAGCCUAAACGGCAACAUACAUAUGUCACAGGUUUUCUCAAACCAGUACUUUAAAUUUCUCAUGUAGUGAUAUGCUGAUAGAUCUGCAGUAGAAAAAAAUUCAGUUUAGUUUAGUUCACUCUAUUAGAUUACUUUAUUGCUUAAUCAAGUUACCAUUAAAUAGUUGUAUAUUAGUAUUUUAGAAUUUUACUCCGUUAUUAACGUAUAUCAGUCAAAUAUAUAUAGCCCUGUUUUCAAACCAUGCACAAGAGAGACAUGUAUGACGUUACUUCGACGUUUUACAAGAAGUUGUUUUCAUUUUAUGUGACGUCUAUUACGUAUGUGACGUCAGUUAUUAUCGUUUAUCAGUCAAACCACCAAAAAACAUAUAUAUGACUGCUGAAUUUUUAGACAUGCUUGACGUUACUUUGACGUAUAUUAUGACGUUUGUUUUUAUCAUAAAUUUAUAUUUUCUUGUUUUGUUCUUCAGUGACUUCCCAAUUCCCAAACACCACCCCCUCUAUCUCCCCCACGUCUUAGCCAAGUCGUACCUUGACCUGUAUGCAGAUAACUUCAACCUUCGCCCUCACAUUUCAUUCAACACCAAAGUUCUCCAAGUUCUCCGCAGCCAAAUGGGUAACAAAGAUCAGUGGAAAGUCACGUAUGAGAAACGACCCAGUCAAGAUGAACCAACAAACACUACAGAGACCCAGGUUUUUGACGCUGUCCUAGUGUGUUCUGGCCACCACUGGCAACCAUACAUACCACAGUUACCCGGUGCGGAAAAAUUUCAUGGUGAAAUUAUCCAUAGCAAUUCUUUUAGAGAAACUAGGGAUUUUUAUGGUAAAAAUGUGCUUGUCGUUGGUAAGUAUGAAAAUCCAUGUUAAAGUUUUCAGGCAAACGCUCGCAAUACGUUCCACCUUUCUACACUUGAUCCCCACGCUUGCCUACGCCCCUGUCUGGAAAAUAUCUCUUAGGCUUAGCGCCAAAGAGUGGGUAGUUAAUCGUCCAGCCAUCCAGGGGCAUGGUCCCCCAGAAAACGUUUCUACUUUUAGGGUCAGCGGAACGCUAUUUUGUGCAUUUUAGACACGAAGGCCACAGAUUUGAUGUAUUUUAUGUCAUAGAUGAAAACAUUAAGGGGUUACGCCCAGUUACUUCUCAGUAAUGAAAGAAUUACAAAAUUGGUCCGGAAGUGAAGUGUGUGUGUGUGUGGAAGUGGGGAGGACUACCCCGUGGCUACGCCUCUGUUUUCCAAGGGUGGGUAGUAGCGAAGUAGUUGUAGUUCGCUACUGUAGCGAACUACAAUUUUGAGGGUAGCCAGUAGUUUUUGACUACUUUUUUAAAACAGUAGUUUAAGCGAACUACAUUUUGCCUAAAAGUAGCCAAAUAGUUGAUUACUUUUCAAACAGCGAAUCGCUAUUCGCUACUUUUUGAAAUUGUUAGCAACCGUUCAUAGAAUAGAAUAAUAUUAAGACACGGUUUGCUUAAAAGAUUAUUUUGUACAGUAAAGAUUAUUUUAGCGCAAUGAAAAGUGGCACUCCUGAACACUGUAGUGCUUACAAAAAUGUUGCUUUGACCUUUUUUGUUUACUGUUGCUACUCGUAAGUCAAUUUGUUAUAGGUUAUGUUACAGGAUUUACAGCCUGAGCUAGUGGAUGCUCCAAAUACCGUAAAACUAAAAAAUAUAGAGUAGCGAAAUAGUUCGCUACAUUUUUUAAGCAGUAGCUGUAGUCAGUAGCGAACUACCUUUGUUCAAAAGUAGCAGCAGUAGUUGUAGCUGACUACAUAUUUUUGAAGUAGCUGUAGUUAUAGCGAACUACAAAAAAUUUGUAGUCAACCCACCCUUGCUGUUUUCAGGUAGUUCAGAGACAGUGUUCUAUAAUAAGUUGGCGUGGUUUGUGCCUACACUGGUUUGGGCCCUCGCGGUUUGGUAUCUUUUUCAGGCAGUUCGGACACAAAACCACAACAGCGAUAUCACAAAUGAAGACUGCAUGGGCGGUUCUUCGAUUGAUUGAUAAUUCGUUCAACUAAAUCAUUAUUUACGAAAUCUUAUCCGCUAAGCGAGAUCAGCGUGAUCUUAUCAGCCACAUGGUUAAGUUUUUAAACCGAUAAACAAAUGUUUAUAGAGACGAAAAAUUAAGGCGCACGCAACGCUACAAUCUUGGCAGUGGCGUAGCUAGAACGAUAAUUGGGGGGGGGGGCAUAUUCAUAUAUUCGUGUUCUGCUUAAUUAAUUUCUUUUGAAAUAAAUUGUUUUAUGGUAUGUGAACACGAAUAUAUGAAUAUGGGCACCCCCCAAUUAUCGUUCUGGCUACGUCACUGAAUCUUGGACAAACCCCUUGAGACCAUUCCAGCCAAUAUUACGAAGUUAUUGAACAUUGACAAAACAAACUUUGUCCCCGCCUCCCAGUUCAAUGUUGUAAACAACGCCGACAUAACUUUUGCAAGCUAGCUCAACAUUGAGUUGAGGCUUAAGAAGGGAAACAUGAUUCAACAUGGAGUUUAUAAUAAAAAUAAACGUCAUCUCAGGGACCCAGCAACGACUCUUACUGAGUCCCUGAGAUGAACACUUUAUAGGCUUGAUAGUUACUCUGCAUAAAUAACUUUACCCCCGUCAAAUUCUUAAUUAGGUAUUGGUGACUCUGCUGUUGCUAUAGCGACAGAGCUCAGUCAGGUGGUGAACAAAGUAUAUCUCAGCACAAGACGUGGUUCAUGGAUUACUUCAAGAAUUCAAGCGUUUGGUAUACCCAGCGACCAAUUUUUGCAACGACGGUUUUUCUUCGAUCUCCCUCGCGGCCUCACAGACUGGGUGUGUAUGAAGGUUGUCAACGCGAAGUUUGACCAUCGCAACUUUGGUUUGUUGCCUAGCAACAGUUAUUUACAGCAGCCGCCAGUUGUGAACGACUUCCUUCCGUAUAAGAUUAUAAGUGGAGCUGUACUUAUUAAGCCUGAUGUCUCCACAUUGACAGAGAAAGGUAAUAUUUUAGGUAGUAGUUGUCCAACUUUAAUUUCACUUCAGUUCAGCAAAGCAUCAAAGUAUUAAAGUAAAGCAAAGUAAAACAAAGCAAUAAAAGCAACGUAAAGAUUUAAUAAAUUAGGUCAUAUCUCGCUCGGACGUUGGUCAGGGGCCUUCGGGAUUUAUCUGGCUUAAAGCCUCCGUUCUUGGUGUUUAACCUAUACUUAGUUUAGUAGCUGUUCUCAUCCACUUAAUAUAAUGUCUUAAAACAUUCAUGUUCUUCGCUAACAGAUGUAAUCUUCGUGGACGGUUCGGUUGCCAAGGACAUUGACACCAUCAUCCUAGCAACGGGCUACAAUUAUACAUUUCCAUUUCUCGACGAAAACAUGGUCAAAUUCAAGAACAACUCCCCCAUGAUGUACAAACACAUGUUCAGAGUUGAAGAGAAGCCGAGCAUUGCAUUCAUAGGGUGCCUACAGCCGGUCGGGUGUAUGUUCUCUGUAGCUGAACUCCAAGCACGGCUAGCCACAAGAGUGUUCAAGGGUUUGGUCAAGUUACCCGCGAUAAGAGAGAUGGAACAAGAUAUUGCUGAAAACCUUGCAAGGAGGGAGAGCGAGAGUUAUGAUGCUAAGAAACACUCCACAGUGGUAAGGUUUAAUUAAACAUUGUAGAUAUUGGCGGCACAUUGUGGAUAUUGGCGGCACAUUGUGGAUAUUGGUGGCACAAUGUAGAUAUUGGCGGCACAUUGUAGAUAUUGGCGGCACGUUGUGGAUAUUGGUGGCACAUUGUAGAUAUUGGUAGCACAUUGUGGAUAUUGGUGGCAUAUUGUAGAUAUUGGCGGCACAUUGUGGAUAUUGGUGGCACAUUGUGGAUAUUGGUGGCACACUGGAAGGGCAUCGAGCGCUGUUUGACCCUGUAACAUUUAGCGGUCUGAAAUCGGAGUUGGAAGCGGAAUAGUUUUAACAUUCAAUAUUCCCUACCUUAUUUCUAUCUUCAAAUAUGUAAUAAGUGGCGACGUAAAAGUACCACUAAUUUUUUAUUGAACUAUUCCAAACGGGGAAAAAUAAGGAGAGGAGGGUGGAAAAUUGUCAUCUGACAGUGUUGCAUAUCUUGCUUCUAUAAAGCUCUCUGUGACGAAGUCUUCCACUGAGUUAAAUUGUCAAGUAUUCUGAAAUUAAUAUUUGAUUAUUUAUUGAGACCUUUACAAGUCUCUUCAAGUGCCUCCACAAUGCAGGAAGCGUUUCAGAAACGCAAAAUUCAAUUUGGGGGAUCAUGGCCCUGGACGUUCCGAGAAUUGUGAUUCGCCAAUUAUUAAGUUGAACCCCCAAACAAAAUCCUGGUGGUACCACUGCAAAUACUGCAGGUUUUCCAAGGGUACUCCAGUUUGUUCCAGAAGAAAAAACACUCUAGAACCGAUAAAGAUAUCCAGUAUAAGUAAAGUUAGGUUGGUUACUGUGGGUUUCCUCCUCCUGGACAUCCAGGGAGAACAGUUUAGACCCGAUAGAAAUAUUUAGUAUACAAAAAUAGUUUCUUUUUACAUUUUAAGGUGUAUUACAUCCCAUAUUGCAACAGCUUGGCCGAGAUUAUUGGAUGCAGGCCUCGUUUGGGUAGAAUGCUGUUUUCCGAUCCCUUGCUAGCACUUCGCUGUUACUUCGGGCCAUGCUCGCCACCGCAGUAUCGGCUCACAGGUCCGGGAGCCUGGGGCGGAGCAAGACGAGCAAUCAUGGAAAUACAAGAGAGAAAUGUCGCGCAGAUGAGAAAGAAAGUCUUGGGAACAAGUUACCAAAACGUUCUUAUUAAAAUUGUCGUUGGCUUGCUAUGUUUAUACUUUGUGUUAGUUCGUGUGGUAUUUCAGUAAUAGUGUGGUUAUACUUCAUGUUAUAUGGUAUUUCAGUAAUAAUGGGGACUACACUAAUUUCAAUUUGAAAAAUAACAUUCUGAAGUCUUGCUUUGUAAAGCGUGAUUUUCAUUUGGUCGUGAUCAAGGUGGAAUAGAACCGCGACCAAAUAUAAACAGCUUCAAUAGGUAUUGGAUUCACACGAAUGAGAAUAAUUUAAAAAUUCACAAGUUAUUUUCACCGAACAACAUCAGUUUUUGUGGUACGUUUUUAUUUCAUGGAUAAACUUAAUCCAAUAUCAAUUUACACCCAAAAUGUAUAAAAAACUUCACCAACUCUUUCCGGAGGGUUUUGGUUAGGCAUACCCCGUUGCCCCUUCGAAGUAGAGUGAGAGUAAAUAGCAUCUGCUGUUUUUCUUAGGGCUGUUCGUGUGGGCUAUUUAUAUGAGCCAGGUUUGCCGGGCUGGCCCGGUUAAACGGGGCACCCGACUUCAUACUAAUUUCCUUGACAAAUAAUUUCACUUUACGUGAAAACAAAACUUUCCAAAAAAUUUUCCAAAAAACUGUCCAGCCCUCACUGGAGUAACAGGACUAACAAGGGCUAGCAAAAAAGUCAUUGAAUUCAAUGUUGGGAGCAGGCUAAUGUUUAUCUGAAUGGAUAUUCUCUAGAUAAUCUUUUAUUUCUUACGUCGGUCUUAAGAAAUUUCAAGUAAAAAAUUGAGUAGUUUAAAAAUUGAAAAUUUGUCCAACAAAGCAUGAAUUUGCCAUUCGUGACAGACAUAAUUCAUAAACAGGUUUCCCUCGCCAGUUUUGGCUUGCUAACAUCUCAACCGGCUAACAGGGCCAGCUCGGCGAGCCGGGUUUGUAUAAAUAGCCCCUCAGGCUUGUGGAAAUUUGUUACAAUGGACCUAUAUUUGAAAUUUCAAUACCGCACCCCACCGCCGUAGACCUAAUGUUUGAAAUAUAAAAAGUUUGAUUCAUAUAAAAGUAGUUAAGAGCUUGCAACAACUUGUUACAAGAAAUAGCAUCCGGUUGUAAGCACCUUGUAACGACUUGUAUUAAUACGACAAGAAAAAGUUGUCACGGUGCUGUUUCAUGAAACUAUAGCUUUUCUUGACAAAGGCUAAGUACGUAGGUAAUAUAACAUAUAUCUAUAAUAAUAUAUACCUUAUUAUGCGUUUAUUUACAAUAAUUACACAGCAGUGCUAACACUGGAACUACCUGACAAGGAAAAAUAACAAACACAAAAUUAGUUCAAAUGAUUUUAAAAAUUACAAUAUUAUUCUAUUGUU